AUGGCAGAAACCAGCAAUAAAGUUUGCAAAACCUUCAAAAAUUCCCAAGCUAUGUCACUCUUUCUUUUCCUUCUUUUUAUUGUUCCCCUUUCUGGUCGUCGUAUCAACUCUCCGGCGAUAUUAGAGGUUUCUUUAGCAUCACAGAGAAGAGUGGUUCUUGAUUCUCAUACAAGAAACCAAUCCACCACCAAGUUCCUCGGCGGAGCAACCACUUCUCCUCCCAAUAGUCCUCCUCCUCCUCCUGCGUCGCCUGCUGGUGGUGGUGGUACCACAGUGGCGAGUACAGACCGAGAAUUUCAGGAAGCUGCACAUGAAGUUCCCAGCGGCCCAAGUCCUAUUGGCAACUAA